AAGCUCCUGGCUGAACUUGGUUGGAGUAAAGUCAGACAAUAUGCAGUGGUUGUGACUAUGGAUCCAAACACAGCAAGUUCCCGACUCUACGUGCCGGAGGAUGGGAAAAGUGUGAAAUGGAGAGUCUCACAGCCAGACGUGCCCGACAACCCUGAGAGAUUUGACUGUGAAACCUGCGUGCUAGGCUGUGAGGGAAUCACAGCAGGGAGACAUUAUUGGGAGGCAGAGGUGGGGCAGGGGAGAGUCUGGGCAGUGGGGGUGGCCAACAAGUCUGUGAGGAGAAAGGGCUGGAUCAAGUUUUCCCCUGAGGAGGGGAUCUGGGCAAUGGAUCAAUGUGGAGGUCAUUACCGGACUUGUACAAACCCUGAGAAUUUUCUCUCCAUAAAGGUGAUCCCCAAGAAAAUAGGGGUGUUUCUAGACUAUGAGGCGGGGUGGGUGUCAUUUUAUGAUGGUGUUAAUGAGGCUCCAAUCUAUCGAUUCACAGACACUUUCACUGAGACAGUCUUCCCUUUCUUCUGGGUGUACUCUGAGAUCACGCUGCCCUUGGGGCAUGAGGCAGAGGGUGGGGAAAAUGCCCCACUCAGACCCAAGCCGUAGCCUCCUGUGACAUCCUCUGUAAGCUCUCACGCUGAAACAGAUGCUCUCUUUUGUGGGGGAAC